ACCUCCUCAUCCUUAUUCUCAUCCUUAUCAUCCUUUCCCGAAUCCCCAAACCCCACAUCCGAUCAUGCCUUCCCCUUCUUCCUCCUCUUCUGCGGGUUCUAGCAACUCAACUGCCUCCCCAGUCUCCUCCGUCGAAGCUCGCAUCUCUCAAUUGCGAUCCCACCUUUCUCACAAGCCUCGCUCCGGUCGUCUAGCCGGUCAAGUCUGUAUCGUCACUGGUGUCGGUUCACUUACCGGUAUAGGUCGUGCCUCUGUCCUCCUCUUUGCUCACGAAGGAGCUCGAGCCAUUUAUGCCCUCGAUCAUGAUGAUUCUAAUCUACCUUCAUUGAAAGAGGCAGUAAAGGAAAAGUAUGGUGAUGAGGUUAGAGUGGAGACACACGCUUGUGAUUGUGCGGAUGAAGAGGAGAUUAAGAAGGUGGUGGAGAGAGUGGUCAAGGAAGAGGGAAGGCUGGAUGUCUUCUUUGCGAAUGCGGGAGUGCCGGGGACAAUGGGACCAUUGGGUACGUUGGAAGCAGAGGAUCUUGCAGAGACGAUGAGGGUCAAUGUCGCCAGCGGUUUCCUAGCAAUCAAGUACGGCUCUGAAGCCAUGAAGCUCUCCCACCCCUCCAAACUCACUCCUGGCGGUUCCCUAAUCCUAACAGCCAGUGUAGCCGGUCUCCGAUCCGGUGCUGGUGGCAUCGACUAUUCCGCAAGUAAAGCCGCCGUCGUCUCUCUAGCAUCUUCAGCAGCUUGGAAUCUAGCUCAAACUGGGAUUAGAGUGAAUGCAGUUUGUCCUGGUCUAGUAGAGACGGGAAUGACAAAGCCGCUCUUUGAUGGAGCGAGACAGAGGGGGACAGUAGGUAAAGUGGGACAGUUGAAUCCAUUGGGAAGGUAUGCUGUUGCUGAAGAGAUUGCAAAUGCCGUCCUCUUCCUCGCAUCAGAUGACGCAUCGUACGUCAAUGGCAUCGCUCUGCCCGUGUGCGGUGGAUUGAGCGCUUCGCAUCCUUUUGCACCGGCUGCCAGGUGGAAUUGAGAUGAGAUGAAUUGAGAAAGGAGAGGAAGGGGAGGAAGGGAGGAAGGGAGGAGGAAGGAGAGGGAUGAUGGUGGUCAUGAGGAGUGACUGGCAAUGUUACGGGAGAGAGUGCAAAGGGACGGUGGUGACAGGCGUGUGGGGCUUACUUGCAGACAGACGGACGACUUGUACUCGAGGAAAAUUAUCAUCAUUCAUUUCACUACUGCCAGCGAGGUAUCUUUCCAUCGCAAAAUCUUCAUAUCAUCUGCCAUCUUGACCUUCCUUCUCGCACACCUUCUACUGCAGAGCCUUGAGGAUACCCUGGAAGAUGGCGACUACACCCUCCGCUCCAGGGUCGGGGACCUGGUACAUCUCCUUGUUGUCCGAGCCCUGGUAAGUGGCCCUACCCAGCCUAGGCACCAGCUUCUUCGUUCCCUCGCAUCCCUUCU